AUGCUAGUGCCUACAUUUGCUUUGGAAUUGUAUUCUUGCGUUAACUCCCAGUCUUUGCUGGCCAGAUGGGUGUAUGGCAGGAAGUCUAGCCAGGUCGUGCCCUUGAGGAUCAUUCCACGCAAGAUGAUAUGUGUCAACAGUUCGGGUCGACAGAGAGCUCUCGUCAAGAUGGACCUCGUAUCAACACCAAUGAUAUGUGACAUACACCCGACUAGACCGAUACGACUCAGAGAAGGAUACAACGACCACGAGAGCACCCUAUCCCAUGCUAUGUUGGGGAGCCCAUGUGUACUUCUGCCGAACCGUCUGUUGAUCGUAUCGAUAUGUGAGGAAGGUCACGAUGAGCCCGAACAGACCGCUAUCAUACAAGACCAAGUUUGA